AUGCCAACAAAGCCUCUGUUUUCCUUUGCGAAGAUCCACUCGGUGGCCUCAUCGGCAACAUUGGUGAAUCUGGUCUCGUCCGAAACACAGUUUAUCACCUUGCAACGACCAUUUGGAGCGCAGUGCUCACAGACGGAUCCUGCAGCAUCCUGCAGGUUUCAAGAAAAUACUUACAUCGGCAGCCUGUGUGUGAGUCAUCACAACAUCCUCCUCUUCCGGUUCCUCAUUUCUUCUCAUCUCUUCCUGCUCCACGGUCGUAUCGACCAUCUCUCUGACAAGUGCGGUGAUCUCAUCGUUAGCGUAGUUGCUCAUUCUGAAAACACAAUGGUUAUUCAAAAGUCUGUCGCCAGUAAUGAAGUAAGCACAGGAUAUGUAUAUCAGCCUAAUGCGCAAGAUCAAGUUGGAGUGGUUUCUUCGAAUGGUCUGGAUCAGUACUUUUAUACAUCGGCCCCAACUCAAAAGCCUGAAAAGAAGCCUGAAGCCUUCGUUUUCAACUUUGCCAAGGGUUCCAUGCCUACCGUCCACAUUCACCCAAAACCUUAG